UCAUUCGGAUUUUUAACUUCGAGUGGUUAACUUGUACUUUUGCGCUUACGUAAUUAAAGGGAUAAUUGUUAAAAUUUUGAAAUAAAUUUAUAUAUAUAAAUGGUUAAAAUGCCUAAUCAAAAAGACAACUCCAACCACAAUGGAAAUUAUAAUGACGAGGAUAUCAAUGAGCCCGAAUGCUUGCGAAAAUUGUUUAUUGGUGGAUUAGAUUACCGUACCACUGAUGAUGGUCUUAAAUCGCAUUUUGAAAAAUGGGGUAAGAUAGUUGAUGUGGUGGUUAUGAAGGAUCCUAGGACCAAGCGAUCACGUGGCUUUGGAUUCAUCACCUACUCGAGGUCAACCAUGGUUGAUGAUGCCCAAAAUGCUCGUCCACAUAAGAUUGAUGGCCGCGUUGUAGAACCUAAACGUGCAGUGCCACGUCAAGAUAUUGACAACCCGCAUGCCGGUGCUACGGUUAAGAAACUAUUUGUGGGUGGACUUAAAGACGACCACGAUGAACAAUGUCUACGCGAUCAUUUCGGACAAUAUGGCCAAAUAACAGAUGUGAACAUUGUAAUUGAUAAAGAGACUGGCAAAAAGCGCGGCUUUGCUUUUAUUGAGUACGAUGACUACGACCCAGUUGAUAAAAUUGUUUGUAAGUAGAUAUAGUAGAUUUUA